AUGCAUACUUCACACUGGUUACUGUCAACUUUGACAGCCUGUCUCUCUUUAUCAACUCUCGUUGCAUCAUUUCCUGCAACCGACCAGCGCUCGUCAAAUUCGAAACGCAAUACACCGGCUGAACAGAGCGUAUUCUUCGACAUCACUCGCAGCGAUGUAGAAGCUAGGAUUGACAAACUAAAAGCUGACGGAUUCCGACCAACUUCCCUAAGCAUCUAUGGCUCGCCCAAUGAUCCAAAAUAUGCUGGUAUCUGGACAAAGCAGGAUGGCAAUCCAUACGAGAUUUCCCUGGGCAUCAGCGAAAAUGCCUUCAAUUCAUGGGUGGAGCGACUGAGAGGCCAAGGAUAUACUUCGAUACAUGUCGCCGCCACCGGGCCCCCUUCUAGUUCCGUUUUUGUAGGAGUGAUGGAGCAGAUACCUUCGGUUCCCGGCUGGACCCAAGAUUGUGGUGUUCUGGACCCUUAUGCAUGGAUGGAAACAUCACGGAACUCCGCAAUAGUGAUCAAGGCCGUGAGCAUGUAUGGCAUGGAGAACAAUCGUCGGUACUGCAUUCUCGGGCACGCGAACACGAACAACCAGCAACAGGUUGUGUAUUACCAGACAGACUCGAAUAAGUAUGAUUACAAGAAGUUAGAAACUGAGGAGACUUCGAAGAGGUUUUGGAGACCGUCUUUUAUUCACAUAUCAGAAGACAACCUCCUUACGCCUAUCUUUGAGGAUACGAGUGUCGGAGAAUGGGUCAUCCGUACUGAUCUGACUGCAUCGCAAUUGGAGUCAGAGAUUGCCGCACAAAGAAAAAAGAACAUGCACGCUAUCCAUAUCUCUGGUGCAGGCUCGUCGGAUUCAAAAUUUGUCAUGAUCUUCGCAGAGCAGUUAACCCCUCUAGGGCGUGAUUGGCACGCCACAGGCAAUGUUACCGGCUUCAGGGACAAUAAGGCGGUCAGUGAUGCGCUGGAAAAAGUCAUGCAAGACUUUAUGCAAAAGAACGGUGUCCGGCAAGCCCAAGUCGCCGCCGCUGUCAAUGGAAGCGUCGUGGCUUCCCGGGCCUACACAUUGGCUGAGAGCAACCGCGCCGUCACCCAGCCAUCAGAUAUGUUCAUGCUCGCGAGUGUAUCCAAGGCCUUCACAUAUGCCGCAGUAGACCACCUCAUCUCCACAGGCCGGCUUAACCUGACAACCCGGGUCUACCCCCUCCUUGGCUACAACCAACCCGCAGACCCUCGCUCGCUGGACAUCACCGUACAACAUCUCCUCGACCACACGGCCGGCUUCGACGAAGCCAUGUCGCCCAACAUUGGCCUCAUCUUCACGACUGUCGCCCAAUCCCUCCGACAGUCCACACCUGCCACGAUACGCCAGGUCAUCGAGUACCUCUACGGCCGACAACUCGACUUCACACCCGGCGCGAGAAGUGUGUACUCAAACUAUGGGACGAUGUUGUUGGGCUACGUCAUUAUGAAUCUUACCAACGAGACAUACAUGUCCUAUUUACAGAAGAAUGUCCUCAACGGCUUGAAGGUGGAAGUGUAUGAAACAGCAGCAGACAAGCACGUCAACGACCGCAUCGUACAGGAAACAAAGUGGUUGGGCGUUUCUGCCUUGACUCCGCAAUCCGAUGUUAAGGUGCCCCAGGUGCACGGCGGCGACGGGUCCAUCAAAGAAGAAGCAGUCGGUUCGAUUGGGCUCAAGGCUUCUGCGGAAACGAUAGCCCGCUUCCUCGGCAAUCAUGCAGCCUAUGGACUUGGUGGGCGAGUGCCUGGCCAAACGCGUGACGGCACACUUGCGGGUGGGCGCGCGAUGGCAGUUAAUAUGGAGCAGUUGGACUGGGCACUGAAUUUGAAUACAAGGCAGUAUUUGAGUGAGGAGUGGUGGGAUCGCCUGGUGAAGCAAGACGUGCAGGAUAUUUUUCGGAAUGCCGAGCUAGCCUAG